UGUUUUGAACAAAACCUAAUAUUAUUACUAACAAAAAGUCUUCUAUUAUUUUUUAUUUUUGUUGUGUUUGGUUCAUUGAAAUGUAUAAAGUGUUCUCUUUCAGCAGAACAUAGCAGCUUGUCUUUUUCUACGCAUGUUUCAUGUUUUGAUCUCUUAGCUUUGGUUUGGUGAGAUCAGAUUUCUUGAAUUUUGCCAUUUAUUUGUGUGUAGUGUUAGUUGGAAAAUAAGUCUCCUUCUGUUUUUUUUUUCUCAAUAGUAUUCUGCUUUUGAAGUUCUUUCAGUAGUUUUGAAGUUAUAUUCUGCAAUAAAUAUCCAAGGACUCCAAUCUUAGAGGAACAACUGUUUCAGGAAAACAAAAGGUUUCACUGAAAUCAAACCAAUGUUGAGCUAUUGGUAGCACUUGCUAAAGAAGAGCAGAAAGAGAUGGAGAAGACACAGAUGCCUGUUGCCCGAGAAGAGAAGAUACUGGUUCUGGUGAGAUUGAGGCCUCUUAACGAGAAGGAGAUUGCAGCUAAUGAAGCUGCGGAUUGGGAAUGCAUCAAUGAUACCACCAUAUUGUACAGAAACACGUUGCGCGAAGGCUCAAACUUUCCUUCUGCAUAUUCAUUUGAUAGAGUCUACCGAGGUGAAUGUCCCACCAGACAAAUUUACGAAGAUGGAACCAAGGAAAUCGCUCUGUCGGUUGUCAAAGGAAUCAAUUGUAGUAUUUUUGCAUAUGGCCAGACGAGUAGCGGCAAGACAUACACCAUGUCUGGUAUUACUGAGUUUGCUGUGGCUGACAUAUUUGACUAUAUAUUUCAGCAUGAAGAAAGGGCGUUUGCUGUGAAAUUUUCAGCUAUAGAGAUCUACAAUGAGGCCAUACGAGAUCUGCUUAGCUCGGAUGGUACAUCACUGAGGCUACGAGACGAUCCUGAGAAAGGGACCGUUGUUGAUAAAGCCACAGAGGAAACUCUGCGAGACUGGAACCAUCUGAAGGAGCUUCUAUCUAUUUGUGAAGCACAGCGCAAGAUUGGUGAAACCUCAUUGAAUGAGAGAAGUUCUAGAUCUCAUCAAAUUAUUAGACUGACAGUCGAAAGCUCUGCUCGUGAGUUCUUAGGCAAAGAAAACUCCACUACCCUCAUGGCGAGUGUGAAUUUCAUCGAUCUAGCAGGAAGUGAGCGUGCAUCACAGGCGAUGUCAGCUGGUACAAGACUCAAGGAAGGCUGCCAUAUCAAUCGAAGUCUGCUAACUCUUGGAACAGUGAUCCGUAAACUUAGUAAGGGAAGACAAGGGCACAUCAACUUUAGAGACUCCAAGCUAACACGAAUUCUACAACCAUGCCUGGGAGGGAAUGCAAGAACCGCAAUUAUCUGCACUCUGAGCCCAGCGAGGAGUCAUGUAGAGCUAACGAGGAACACUCUCUUGUUUGCGUGCUGUGCAAAGGAAGUUACCACAAAGGCGCGGAUCAAUGUUGUUAUGUCAGACAAGGCUCUGCUGAAGCAACUACAGCGUGAGCUUGCGAGGCUCGAGACCGAACUGAGAAACCCUGCCUCCUCACCUGCUUCAAACUGUGAUUGUGCAAUGACGGUGAGGAAGAAGGAUCUUCAGAUACAAAAGAUGGAAAAGCAGAUCACAGAGUUGAGAAAACAGAGGGAUCUUGCUCAAUCCCGGCUUGAAGAUUUCAUGAGAAUGGUUGAACACAAUGUGGCGUCAAAGCCUGGAACUCCGCAUUUCGGCAACCACACAGACAAGUGGGAGGAUGGUUCAGUAUCAGAGACAUCAGGCGUGGUUGAUUCAGACAGAAGGAGUUACAUAUCAGAUGGGAUGUCGACACCCCUGUCAAUAUCAAGAGCUUAUGUUCAUUCUCACUCUGACGACGAGGAUCUAGAUGAAGAGUUGCCUAGGCGUUCUGAAGAUCGAUCAGAAGAAUAUUGCAGAGAAGUUCAAUGCAUUGAGACUGAGGAAUCAGUCACUGUCUAUAAUAACAACAUAGACGAGAGAGCAGAACCUGAAAACAUUUUAGGCCGUGGUGAGGAUGCUAACGGUGAAACGAGUGUAGGCCAGAACGUCAGGGUGAGAAGCUGGAACCGUAGUGAGACUGUACCAGGCAUGAGCACUCCGCCAGAAAACCUCGGGACAGACUUCCUCGGAAGACCAGAGAGUUACAAGAUUGCGUUUCCUGAUUUAGGCUUCGGUUCUAGUGUGUCGAGGAAUGAUUCUAUGUCUUCUUGCGCGAGCGAUUCCACUGGGGCUCAGAGCAUCAGAACGCCGUUGGGAGAAGAGGGAGGUAUCACUACCAUCCGUACUUUCGUUGAAGGGCUUAAGGAAAUGGCUAAGCGUCAAGGCGAGGUCUUGACUGCUGAGGAUUCUGGUAAAAUUGGGAGGGACAUUGGUCUGGACUCCAUGGACAGAGAAUUUGAGAGACAGCGGCAAGAGAUUCUGGAACUAUGGCAAACCUGUAACAUCUCUUUGGUGCAUAGAACAUACUUUUACUUGCUCUUCAAAGGAGAUGAGGCGGAUUCUAUCUACAUCGGGGUAGAGCUAAGAAGACUUAUGUUUAUGAAAGAUAGCUUCUCUCAGGGAAACCAAGCAUUGGAGGAAGGAGGAGAAACCUUAACAUUGGCCUCCAGCCGGAAAGCGCUUCACAGGGAGAGAAAGAUGCUGAGCAAGCUUGUGGGGAAAAGGUUUUCAGGAGAAGAGAGGAAAAGAAUCUAUCACAAGUUUGGGAUUGCGGUUAACUCCAAACGCAGGCGGUUACAACUUGUGAACGAGCUCUGGAGCAAUCCCAAAGACAUGACGCAGGUUGUAGAAAGUGCAGAUGUUGUAGCGAAGCUUGUGAGGUUCGCUGAGCAAGGCAGAGCCAUGAAGGAGAUGUUUGGUCUGACCUUUACACCUCCUUCGUUCUUGACAACUCGGAGAUCGCAUAGCUGGAGAAAAAGCAUGCCUACACUUUUCUAACUUUUGCUUCGCCAAUGACACUAUGCUUUUGGGUUUCUUGUAGCAGAAGCCAUCUUUUGUAUAUCUUCUUGGUUUCUUUGCGUUUUCUUUUGGAUUUGAAACAUACAAUGUUGGAAUUGAUUGUUUAUCUUCUAAAUUCUGGUCUGUUUACCCGAAAAAUUUGUCAUAGACCUUAAAUUUAAUAUAAAAAUAACUUGUAAA